AGGGAGUUGGCACCUAUGGGUGGGGACCAAAACAGUAGGCGAAGCCGCCUCCGCGGGCGGGAAGCGAGGCUUCGGGCAGGAGCCCUCCGCUCGCCGCUUGGCGGCCGAGGGGGCGUGGAGAGCGAGCCCGAGGCGCCCUUCACCCUCCGGGGCCUCAGAGCUGCGGGGAGGCGCGGAAAGGCGGACCUUGGAGGCGCCAUGAGCCCGGCGGCGGAGACGCGACGGCAGCCACCACCUCCGCCUCCGUCGCUCCUGCUCCUUCUCCUCCUGCUGCUCCUCUCAUCCCCUUCAGGAGGAGAGGCGGACCCGGAUGCCACAAGUGCUUUACCUUCUGAUGUGUGCGCCACUUGCCAUGCUAAUGCCACAUGCCAGCAGCGAGAUGGCAAAAACAUCUGCACCUGUAAUUAUGGAUUUGUGGGCAAUGGGAGGACUUACUGUCAAGACAAAAACGAAUGUGAUAUUGGGGCAAGCAAGAUUUGUGGAGAGCAUGCUUCAUGCCACAAUACACAAGGAAGCUUUUAUUGCAUUUGUCUAGAAGGCUUCCAGGCUUCCAGUAAAAACAAGAUAUUCAUUCCCAAUGAUGGCACAAAAUGUAUAGAUCUUGAUGAAUGUGGAAUCUCAGGCAUCUGUGGCCUUGGAGGACGAUGUAUGAAUACAUUAGGAAGCUAUGAGUGCUACUGUAUUGAAGGAUACCGAACAGAAAAUGGAGUGGAACCAUUUCAUUCGCGUACAGCAAAUACUUCGUGCAAAGUUGUUGACUGUGGGCUCCCACCUUCUGUUCCAAAUGCAUAUUCUGCAGUCAACAAAACAACUUAUGGAAACAAAGUUGUUUAUACUUGCCAGCCUGGUUAUGUCAUCGAAAGUGGAAAUUCCACUGCAGUUUGCAGUUCCAGCGGACAAUGGAAGGAAGCUGAUUUUGUAUGCAAAGAAAUUGAUUGUGGAAAACCACGGUGGUUUCCAAAUAAUACAGAUAUUAUCUGGGAUAACAGAACAACUUUAGGAAGCACGAUAUACUAUAAAUGUAGGGAAGGAUUUCAGUUUUUUGGAGAGCAUAAUUUUUCACAAUGCACAACAUCUCAGAAGUGGGGAAACAUCACUUUUGAAUGCAAAGAAAUAAAAUGUGGCAAACCUCCUGCCAUACAUCACUCCAACAUGAUAUGGAAUGGGAUAUCAAAGCCGGGAAGCCUUGUGGAAUACAGAUGUGUCAAGGGCUUCUACAACACGAGCAUGAAAAAACAUUCAUUCUGUACCAAAAAUGGAUCAUGGGAAAUCUUGGAUCUAAGAUGUGAAAAAGUUAAAGACUUUGUCGGUAUUGCACUAAAUAACUCUUGUUUGACGUGGAGGAGGCUUAAUGGAAAUACAGCCGUCAACGAGACUUACCAACUCACAAUGAGAAUGCUAGGGAAUGAAUCGAAGAAAACUGUGGCUGAAUCAAAGAUUAGCUAUACCACAGCCAAGGAGGCUAUAAAGAUAUGCUUGGAGCUACGUCAGGAUGCAAACUACAGUGUGGAAGUAACUACAGGAUCCACCAAUUUGGCUUUAAAAGUCCGAAUAAUGCACCCAGUAGUUGAAAAGAAAGCUGCAUUCAGCAACAUCUCCAUAUUUAAUGACACCUGUAUUAAAUGGCAAAGAGAAUCAUCAUCUGAGGAAAACUAUGUACUUCAGAUACACGGUCUACGGUGGUAUCAGAAACAAUUCCGUGAUAACAUGACCUAUAACUUCACCACAAGUUCUCAGACUCCAGCAGUGUGCCUUGACUUACUGCCGGGCACGAAUUACACCGUUAACAUCUCCACAACAGAUCUCAACCACAGUGCUCUCAUCUACAUGAGAACCCCCAUCACUGAUCCGCUAUCUCCGGAAGUAGACUUCGUAUCAGUACAAGGUUCUGCACCAUUAUUCAGCCUGAGGAAGGCAGAAGACAAAAAUGGACCAAUAAGUUCAUACCAAGUGAUUGUCAUUCCCUGGAGCCUACAGUGCAACUUUGAUUGUUACUCCUUGACUAGGCUAGACUAUUUCAGCAAAGGCACUGACUCAGAAGGCUAUGUGGCAGCAGAAAUCCCAGCCAAGGUCGUUGCUGACAACAUUCUGAUCUUUGCCCUCGGAGACAGACUUUACUAUGGGGAUUUUUACAAUGCUCCCCUGAAACAAGGAAAAGAUUAUUGUGUUAUACUGAGGACAAUCAGUAAAUGGAAUGGGGUGAAAAAGCAAUCCUGUGUACUCUGGGCUCAAAUUAAAGAUUUAUCAUCCCCGCCACAGCGUCUGACUAUUGUUUUAUUGGGGUCAGUUGCUGCUCUCUGCUCCAUCCUGUUACUGUUGCUCUCUGUGGCAUGCACAACACAGCACAUAUCUCCAUCUUCACUGCCCAGAAAAGCAUUUUCCAACGAUACUGGACAUUUACCAAUCACUGUCGAUAUUGCCAGGAAGAACAUUGCAUCGUCUUCUUCUCCCAUGCUUCAGACCGUCUCUCUUCUCUAAUGUGUGCAUCCACCAAUAACCUGUAAAGAGAGAAUCAUGUUUUUAAAAUGGCAGUCCCUGUCUUGGGUGCUUGGAACAAGCAAAUCCACCCACAGAAUGUCAGCUACUGUUUCCACAUUAGAAAGCCAAGGGAUAUUUUCUGUUUUGAUUCCUCAUUUCCUUUUCAUUUCUGAACUUUGUUGGGGGAAAAGUUCUUCUGUAUACCCACAUCUUCACUUGAAAUCCUUAGCAAGUGUGGCAACUUACCCUCAGCCUCUGUUUGAGGCUGUUUUUUGGGGGCUAGGGAGGUAAACAAAGGGAAAAUUGCUUUUACAUGCCCCAGUAAAAAGUAUAUAUGAAUAAGGAAAUAUUGUCUCAUGUUUCAGCUGAGCUGGUCUGUUGCAUCAGGCUGCAGUCACAAAGCACUGAGCCAUCUAAGUCUGAGGCUGUUUUUGAUAAUAAAACAUUCUUCUGUACUUUAGAUACUGCUACAUGCUUUUGAUCACACUGCUGUCACUGGAAGCCUCUUCAAGGCAAAAUGUUUCCAAAGCUACACUGUUCACUUGGGAAUUAAAAGAAGAAAAGCUUUUAUUUUU